CACCUGCUAUUCCAUCUAUGGUGCUUCCGCCACAUGUCCCUGUACCAGAUUAUUCCUAUGCUCCUUAUUCUCCCUACCCGAUUGCUGGAGUUCCUUUCGAAAAAUCUGGUAACGAGAAGAAAAGGCAAGCUUCCCCUCUUCCACCUGUCCUGCCAGUUCCUCACGGCGACCUGCGCCAACCUUGGCUUCAUCAGAGCGCUUUUGACCCGAGAAACAUGCCACCAAUCCCUGGGCCAAGGAAUUUUGCAAGACCUCCAUAUAUGGGUCCAGGCUUUCCUGGGUCUGCAUACUAUAUGCCAGUCCCACCGCCUCCUGGAGCUCUGAGAGGUCCUUACCAUCCACACUUUGCUUCAUACCCUUUAAACCGAGGUCCACCAGUUUCACCUCCAGCACAUAUAGACUUGGGGGGCAGGAUCAUUAGACAAAUAGAAUUUUAUUUCAGCGAUGAAAAUCUUCCGACUGAUUAUUACCUCAUUUCCCUUAUGGAUAAACAUGGAUGGGUUCCCAUAACAAAAGUUGCCGACUUCAGAAGGAUUAAGGCGAUGACUACGGAAAUACCAUUUAUUCUCUAUGCCUUGCAGUUCUCCAGCUUGAUAGAAGUUCAGGGCGAUAAGAUACGCAGGCGUGAUCAAUGGUCUAAAUGGGUUCCUGCAUCUAAAAGGCAAAACCCCGAGGAGAAAAUUGGAAAUAAUGGUGAAGAAGAUCCCUCAAAGCAUGAUUCUUGCAGAGAUUUAUCUGUGAAACCUUCUGAGGAUUCAUCUUUAGAGGGAGCUGAGUCCUCAGCAAUCAGUCCUGAUGGAAGCGAGAACCUGGAGUCAUCUUUGGACAAAGAAAGAAAGCCGGAUGACCUGGCAAGUGAUUUUUCAAACAAAUUUACGCUUUGAAGAGCUGGAGCUCCAGCAGAAAAGCCCGGGAAAGGUCGGGCUUUUGUUACAACAUGAUAUAAGCUUGGCGAUGAGGACAAAGCUUUGCUUGAAGAAGAAGAAGAAACCAACGAAGACCAGGAAGGCACAACCACCAUACCGACUAUUCUCGAGCCACCUCUCACACGCUCAAUCAGUUUUCGGCCUAUACAAUGGAAGAUUGCAUGAACCAGCUGCUGCGGACAAAACAUUCAAGACCAAGAACGAGCUCAAGCGAGCCAGGCGACAUGAAGGACGUCCAGAAAUCCCAUGUCGUGGAAGCCAUUGAGAUAAUCCCGAACCAUCCUAAAUUGGAUUCGAAGCCGUUGAAGAUACUGGAAGCAUAUUCAGACAAAUUUUUCCCCUCUUUUUGGAUGCUUAUUUGCUUUAUUCCAUCUCUAUUUAAAAAGCUUGUACGGAGACCAUUUUUUUGUGGAUGAGGAAAUAAAAACUCAUUAUCGUUUCGGCCUCAA